AUGCCGUCAGCCAAUAUACCCAAUAUCACACCGCCCUUGGCGCGCUACGACGCCACUGACUCCUCAACCACACCCGAGAAGUUGGUCGAGAUCAUCAACCGUGAUGGUGGGGUUAUUGUCGAGAAGCUUAUCACCCGCGAACUCGCGGAGUCCAUCAAAAAGGAUCUGAAGCCUUACUUCGAUGAAGAUAUCCCUGAUAAAUAUGGCUUCUUUCCACCUACAACCCAGAGAGCCUCCGGACUGCUAGCAAUCUCGGAUAAUUGCAUCGAACUCGCCUGCAACAAACUUUACACUGAUGUUGCAAAUCUCAUGGUUUCUUCGUCUUACACUUUCUGGAGGGGUGACCACCAGAAGACCGUGAGCGGGAAGCCUAUCAUCUCCUCGACCGUCGGCUUCCGAGUCAACCCGGGUGGCAAGCGUCAGGUCUUGCACCGCGACGAUAAGUAA